GUUAGCGCUGGCUGUCACAUACCAACAAUGUGAUGGGUACACACGAAGCUAUAAAAGUAUAGACUGCGGCGCAUGAACGCUUAGUCAAAAAAGAGAAAAAGUUAGAAAUCUAAGCCAGGAUUGUAGCUGUUUACAACAUGGGAAGGAUGGUAUUUUCUGGAUAGUUUUGCCACCGCUUUGACGGCAAAAUCUAGAACCCAUGGGGCGCAAAACUGAAAUUUAUUGUGCUGAAUGGGAAAAGUAAAUUGACGGUGUACAAUGAGCACAAAUGGGACCCAUUUCAACGGUUCUUCACUGGCCCCGCACGAGCUAACCCUGAAUCGCCCACCUUGGGUCGCGAACACUCUAGGAUGCUUUCUGAUAUUUACGACCGUCGUUGAUAUUUUGGGCAACCUCUUGGUGAUUUUCUCCGUUUACCGGAACAAGAAACUGAGGAACGCAGGAAACGUCUUUGUGGUGAGCCUGGCAGUGGCAGACCUGGUGGUGGCGCUGUACCCGUACCCUCUGGUGCUCACGUCCAUCUUCCACAAUGGCUGGAACCUGGGCUACGUCCACUGCCAGAUCAGCGGCUUCCUCAUGGGCGUCAGCGUCAUCGGCUCCAUCUUCAACAUCACCGGCAUCGCCCUCAACCGCUACUGCUACAUCUGCCACAGCCUCAAGUACGACAAGCUGUACAGCGACAAGAACUCCCUGUGCUACGUGGUCCUGAUCUGGGUGCUGACCGUGGUGGCCAUCGUGCCCAACCUGUUCGUGGGCUCGCUGCAGUACGACCCGCGGGUCUACUCCUGCACCUUCGUGCAGUCGGCCAGCUCGGCCUACACCAUCGCCGUGGUCUUCUUCCACUUCAUCCUGCCCAUCCUCAUCGUCACCUACUGCUACCUGCGGAUAUGGGUGCUGGUGAUCCAGGUGAGGCGGAGGGUGAAGCCGGACAACCGGCCCAAGCUCACGCCGCACGACGUGCGAAACUUCGUCACCAUGUUCGUGGUGUUCGUCCUCUUCGCCGUCUGCUGGGCGCCGCUCAACUUCAUCGGCCUGGCGGUGGCCAUCAACCCGGUCGCCGUGGCGCCCAUCAUCCCGGAGUGGCUCUUCGUGUCCAGCUACUUCAUGGCCUAUUUCAACAGCUGCCUUAACGCCAUCGUCUACGGGGUGCUCAACCAGAACUUCAGGAGGGAGUACAAAAGGAUUAUCGUCUCCAUCUGCACGGCCCGCAUCUUCCUCUCGGACAGCUCGAACGACGCCGUCGAGAGGAUGAAGAGCAAGCCGUCCCCCUUGAUGACGAACAACAACCAGGUCAAAGUGGACUCAGUUUGAGUUGGGGCGAACGGGGAGGUGGGGGGUCCAGAAGGGGGCGCACUGUGAAACAAAAUACCAAAUACCAUGAAAAGACUUCCGGGAAACAUCCGUUGACUGUACUCUCGUGCUCACACACAAUCGAAACAAAACAGGGUGUAUAUUUUCUUUUUCAUGUUAAAAGACUCGUUUUUUUUAAGAUAAAUUUUAAGCAAUGUUUGUUUUCAAUGUUUACAGUGAGGAUAUCAACAUGUCUACAGUAUAUGUAAAAUGUAUUUAUUUUAUACGAAGUAUAUCUGGGGUUCCACUCACCCCUGAACAGUGGGAACAGGAUGCAAAAUUGCGAAUAUAAUGCCGUAAAAAGCCAGGAAUCGUACAGUAACUUCCUGAAAUGACUUACAGCAAAUGUAGCCAAAACUGUUACAGAGCUCACUCUUACACAAUGACCUCACACGUGUGAUAUUGUUAUUAUUCUGGGUAUAGAAAUACACUGGGUUUGUUACUGUUGCAGCCUGCU